AAAAAAAAACCCCAUAAUUAUUUAAAAAAAAUUCAGUGCUCUAUUUGUUCUCUAGAACCUCCCAGAAAUCUCUCAUAUUUUGAAUAAAAGCUGUUUCGGUUAAUUGGUGAAUCACUUUGUACUGCGGAUUUUGGAGCUUUGGUUUUUUGGUGAAGUUGUGCGUUUACUGGAAAAAAAUCUGUUCUUUUUUUCUUUGGAGUAUUUGAUUUUCCGGUGAAAUUUGUCUGUUUCAGCUGAUAAAAAGAUGGAAUUUGUGUUUAGUGGUGGAUAAGGAUCUAGGAGGAAUGUCUGACUUUUUGUAUGAGAGCCGUUAUCUAGUGCAAUGGUAAAAAUCCUUGGGGUUGAAAGUGUGCAAGGGCAUGGGCGCAGGCAGAGGCACGAGAUGAUUGCUUUAUAAAAAAAAAUACAUAUUUAUAGUAUUUAUGCUGGUGGGAUCAUAAUUGGAUGGCUAUUCUUUUGAAGAUUGCUCUUCGGAUUCGCCUUGAGCCACCUUAGUGACCACCUUGUUUUUGGUUGCAUUACCAUUUUAUGAAAUGCCUUGUGCUAGAUAAGGGAUGUAACUCAAUUCAUCCUUCUAAAGUUAUCUUUAAUUUCAUCUACUCUAUUUUCAUUUCCUUUGACAAAGAAUGACCGAUUAUGACUAAACUUAUGUAAUUGAUGUUACAGCUUGAAGAUAAUGUUUGGGAUGAAUUUGGUGCUAGUGCUACCGAUGAUCAUAUAGUUCCUCAUACUGUUGAUGAAUAUGGGGCUCAAUUCAAAAUUCAAGGGGAUGGUCGAACCAAACCACAAUAUGAAGUGAAUGGAGUUGCUAGGAAUGCAGAUAAUACGGCUAAAUAUGGUAUUUUGGGAGAGAAGAAAAAAGGCAUUCAUACUUUGACCAAGAACAAAAUGUUGGAAAAAUGUCCUUGGUCUCACAGUUCUGAUGGCAUAUUUCCCACUUCAGGUGAUAAUGACUCACUCAAAGAAGUUACGGGCAUGGUUUCUGAUGAUCCAAUGAUGUCCAGCCAGGGUCUCAAAACUGGUGAUAUAGAUUCAGUUAGCAGUGAUUUCUGUGCUGAAGAUCCUGUCUUGGUUGACAACUGUGCUACAGAGGACAAUAACAUCUACUGUUUUCCGCUAAAUCACAUGUCUGAUACUAAUGAUGAUCUCAGAUUUUUUAAUAAUAACCAUGAAGACAAAGAAAACAGCGAUCUCCUAUGUUAUGCCUGGGGAGAUAUUGGAAAUUUUGAGGAUGUUGACCAGAUGUUCAGAAGUUGUGAUUCAACGUUUGGGUUGGGGAGUCUCAGUAAUGAAGAUGAUUUGUGCUGGGUUUCAUCUUCACAUGCUACUGAAGGAUCUCAAGAUGUGUUGAAGGCUGAUGCUAAGUUGAAUAGUUUACCAGAGCAUUGUGCAACUUCCAGGCCAGACAAUACCGGUCCUUCAACUAUUGAUUCUUACAAGAAAAAUGUACUUCUAAGUGACAAAAUAAGUUCCCUUGAUACGAGUGGUGAUAAUCCUGGUCUUGCUGACAUGUCUUCUUUGGAUGUAUUCAAUAAAGAAUUUGAAAUUAAGGAUGACUUGACACCCACUGAGCAGAUCAGCCCACAAAAAAGGCAGUCCAAGCAACUGAGAGCAUCUGGAGAAGAAACAGAUCAUCUCCUUGAAAAUGGUGGCUCUUAUCACCAUUAUGGUAACAUCAAGCAGUUUGCAGAUGUGAAUUAUCCCUUUACUGAUUCAUCAUGUCAACUCUUUUCCCCACUGGAAUUUCAACAGCACAAGCAAAACACGGGCCCUGAUUCUGUAAGCUAUGGGCAGGCCAGUGUUCCCUAUAUGCAUCUCAAUAACAGCGGUCCUUCAAACCAAAUUUCAACAUUUCCAACUAGUGCCAAAUCUGAAAAUAACGGGCAUCCUUCGACAAACGAGUCAUCUUGUGCAUCGAAUCAGGCACAGUCCAUAGAGAGCUCUCGGGGUCUUUCACUUGAGGUUCCUGACAUUAUAACGAAUGAGAAGAUGGGAAAGCCAUUUCAUCAACAAGAUACAAAAGCCCCAGUCAACAGGAAUAUCAGCCAGGCAAGAGUGGAAAGUCAGAUUGCAUUUUAUGAUCCAGUCACUGUUCAAAAGCAGGUCUGUCAGUCCGAACAGGACGAAGGUCAUAGUGAAGUUGAAGGAUUUGGUGUAGGGAAGCAAGCAGAAUUAGGCUUUUCAAACAGGCAGGAAAGCUCUUGUGUAGGUUCAAUAUUGGGUGAAGUCUCACUAGAAGCAACCAGUUUUCGGCAGCUUCAACAAGUCAUGGAAAAGUUGGAUAUCAGGACAAAACUGUGCAUACGGGAUAGUCUGUAUCGCUUGGCUAGGAGUGCUGAACAAAGGCAUAACUGCACAGAUACGAAAAAUGGCAUUAGAGAUGAUGAUGAUGCAAGUGGUUCAUUGGUGGCCGAAGAAACAAACAAGUGCACUAGAUUUAUGGGUAUAGAAACUGACACAAACCCUAUAGAUAGAUCCAUAGCACACUUACUAUUCCACAGGCCUUUGGAUCCGUCUCUAAGGCCUGCUACUGAUACCGCUUCUCUAAAGUCUCAUGGCAUGAUUCAUGGCUCCCCCACUGCUCAACCUGCCUCCGCUGAAAAACAAAUCGAUCAUGAAGAAAACGGUGCUGUUUCAGAUAACAACAGGUAACUUUGUGAAUUUAAUAAAAUAACAGAGUGCAGCACUUUGUAAAUUGUUAUCUUAUUUAUGAUCAUGUGAAAUGAUUGUGGGUGAGGCCUCAGAAAAUACGAAGAUGAUGCAAAGGGUUGAUUCUGCAUAUUUUUUAGGCUUUGAUUUUUUAGAUAAUGUUUUGUUAUAACUACUUAUAAGCUAUUUGUCACUAAUACUUCAAAAAAUUUUCUAUUUGUUUUUCACAAACUAUAUGGCCUUUUGUGCGACCAUAUAAGACCAAUUUUUUCUUUGAAGAGUACUUAUAUUAAGGAGCUAAUUUGUGGACA